UGGACAAAAUCGGCGUUCGUGGAGCGGGAAACUUCCAAUCUUCUUUGCCGCCGAAACCAAUUCCCAACCUUUUUGCAGUCUGAUAAAAAACAACAAACCAGCAGCGCCAUAACAAAGAAAUAGGAAAGGAAACGAAGAAUGCAGAUUCGAGUGAAGUGCAAUUGUGGUGAAGGAAAUUGCCCAGAAUGGGCAAUCGUAGAAUUGCAAGGCACAGUAGAAGCUCAACCCGCCGUCCAAGACCGCCUCCAAAACCUCCAGAUCGGCCUCCUCUGCCGCCCUUCUUCUCAGGAGGUGUAUACUCUUACGGUUGGGUAUCAUGAAUUGACAGGGUCGAAAGUGCCCUUGAAGAAGCCAUUGUUGGUGCUGAAGAAAACUAAACACUCCGAGUCCGACAACCAGAUCGGUGACGCUAGCUCUUCGUCUAGGGUUGAAUUGCACGUUAUUGGGAUCAUUCGGCAUCGGAUCUUGUUCAAGACCAGGCCUAAGGCCUUAAUUUCCAAAUCAGAACCAGCAGUGAAGGAAAGAUCCCGCACGCCAGGUUCUGUCGCCUCAAACUGAACAGCAUGAAAUCCACGUCGAAUUGGAAAAUUCAGGUGUUAAAAGAGUCUUGUAUUUGGUCAACAAAACAUCAUCAGACAGUCUGAUCUUUGUUUCCUUUUGAAUGAAAUUAGGUAAGAUAACCGGGAUCUUGGCUGACAAUCUUAGUUUGUACCAGAAGAACAAUCUUUGUUUCUAUUUCAGUAGUGAGGGUGGCAAACACGAAUUAGGGUGGCUCAUAAAUGGAUUGGAUAUAUAACUAGUUAUUAACCAUUUAUUAUGCAUUUAAUGAAGUAAA